UCUUGGCCUUUUAUAAGAAGAAGAAGCAGCUUUGAAGCAACCCAACUUUCCUCAAUUUCUUUAUAGAUAGUGCUAGAAUCUCCUCUUUUCUUGGAAAAAUAUUGUAAUUUUUCUCAAAACCCAAAACAAAAGAGCAAAGCCCAAUGUCACUUGUCUUUCAGAAUUAGAGAGCCAAGUUUAUAAGCAUGGAAGUCAUCUCAUACAAUUCCCCUCGAUGCUGUAAUUUAAAUCGGAGAUUAGUGGUAAAGAAAAGUUCAAGUAGACAGCAAGUAAAGAUCCCUUUGUGUAGAAAACACAGAAUUUUAUGUACUAGAGUUCAAUUUAGAAGUGGGUCACUGGGUUUACCUAAUAAACAUCACCUGUUUUUGAAGAAUGUUUAUCAUGGGAAAGGUUCAAGGCCAUUCAAGGCUCUUGAAGGGUUUAACAAUGUUGAUUCAAAGGUCUUGAGUGGGAAUUAUAAUGGUUAUGUGAUUGGUAGUGAAGAUGAGAUGGGGAGGAUGUCAGAAACUGGGGAAUCAGUAACCAAAGUGUUGAUUCCAGGGUUGCCUGAUGAGUCCAACGGUGAAUGUGGUGCUCGAAUAAGCAGUUGUUUCUGGCAGUGGAAGCCCAAAUUCAACGUUCAUUACGAGAAAUCGGGUGCUGAAAACGUGAAUUCUCCACCGCUGCUCUUCCUUCCUGGUUUUGGUGUUGGGUCUUUCCAUUAUGAAAAUCAACUGAAGGAUUUAGGCCGUGAGUAUAGGGUAUGGGCGAUCGACUUUCUCGGGCAAGGCAUGUCAUUGCCUUUUGAAGAUCCCACUUCCCCUUCCAGGGAGGAGGGUAUCACUGAAGGGAAGGAUUUUUUGUGGGGAUUUGGGGAUAAAACUGAACCAUGGGCAAAUGGUCUGGUUUACUCCAUGGAUUUAUGGCGGGAUCAGGUUCGCCAUUUCGUAGAAGAGGUCAUUGGUGAACCGGUUUACAUUGUAGGGAACUCACUCGGAGGAUUUGUUGCUCUAUACUUUGCUGCAUGCAAUCCUCAAUUAGUGAAGGGUGUUACACUACUUAAUGCAACUCCUUUUUGGGGAUUUUUUCCUAAUCCAAUGAAAUCUCCGAGGCUAGCUAGGAUAUUUUCAUGGUCCGGAACAUUUCCUCUUCCCGCAAACGUUAGGAAGCUGACGGAAUUUGUUUGGCAGAAAAUAAGUGAUCCUGAAAGCAUGGCAGAUGUACUUAGACAGGUUUAUGCAGAUCAUUCUAUAAAUGUUGACAAAGUUUUUUCUCAUAUCCUUGAGACAACACAACACCCUGCUGCUGCAGCAUCGUUUGCUUCAAUUAUGUUUGCUCCUCAAGGAGAGCUGUCUUUCAGGGAGGCUUUAUCGAGGUGUCAUAUGAACAACGUACCUAUCUGUCUCAUGUAUGGAAAAGAAGACCCCUGGGUUAAGCCUGUCUGGGGACGUCAGGUGAAAAAGCAAGUUCCUGAAGCUCCAUACUAUGAGAUCAGCCCAGCUGGUCACUGCCCUCAUGAUGAAGUUCCUGAGGUGGUGAAUUAUUUGCUACGAGGAUGGAUAAAAAACCUGGAAUCUGAGGGUGCAGUUGGAUUGCCGUUGCUUGAUGAUAUGGAAAUGGAAAGCAUUCAAAAUAACAUCACUAGGGACUUGGAAUUUGUGAGGGAAGGAUCAAAGAAAUCCGUGAUGGUGAGAUUUUUAGGAUCCAAAUUCUCACUUUGGAACUUGAUAAAAUCUUCCUUGAAAUCUCGCUUUGGCAAGUUAGAAACAAAAUCGCCAUAGCCGGAUCAUAUGUAAAUUUCAGCGUGUAUUUAUGCUGACAUAGGUGAAUGGAUGAUCAGUUAAUCUUAAUGUAUGAUAAUGGUUUGUAA